AGAAGGAGAUGGGAUGGAAGGGGGAGGAGGUGGUGGAGGAGGAUGAGGAGGUGGUGGAGGCGCAGGCACAGGCGCAGGCGCACCGUCCGGCACCAUGACAUUGCCGUAUCUGUUGCGGUUGUUGGCGUCAAGGUAUCUCUACAUCUUGUCAGCACUCGCUCAUCUCCAGCAUCGUUCGUCCAAGAACAACUUACUGGCACGCCGUUCACCAAGGUCUUUGUAUACGUGCAGCGACGAUUGCCGCUCAAACACUUUGCGCAAGGAUCCCUCUGAUCGCAAGCGAUCCAGCGAAAGUGGCACUCCUUGCAGCUGCUCAAAGGAGGCAUCUUGAUCUUGUUCUGGAUGAGAGAUGGGAGAGGGGUAUGCAAAAGUGGAGGACCCGGAUGUCGC